AUGCUGAUAAAGGAAUAUAGAGUAGUGAAUAAUUGUACUUGCGACGAAUAUCAAGUUGCUCAAUUGUAUGCCGUAGCCGAAGCAUCAAAAGCCGAAACUGGGGGAGGUGAAGGAGUAGAAGUAAUCAAAAAUGAACAAUACGAUGAUGAAAAAGGGAGAGGACAAUAUACUUAUAAAAUUUAUCAUCUUUCCAGCAAAGUUCCUGCCUUUAUUAGAGUAUUAGCACCUAGUGGAGCUCUAGAACUUUAUGAAGAAGCUUGGAAUGCUUAUCCGCAUUGUAAGACAGAAAUUAAUCCCAAAUUAUUGAAAUUAUUCUCAAUUAUUUCAAAUAAAUUAUUUCAAAUAAAUUGUUUAUUUCAAAUUAUUCAAUUUUAUCCCAAUUAUCCUAAUUAUUCAAAUUGUCAGAAUGGGUAUAUGAAAGAAAACUUUAAAUUAAUUACCGAAUCCAUGCACGUUGAUAAUAGUCGUGGUGAAAUUGAAAAUGCUUUGAAUAUUCCUCCUGAUUUGUUGGAAAAACGUCAAACAAUACUUAUUGACAUCGCAAAUGAUCCAAUUGAACCGAAAUAUUAUAAUGAGAAAGAAGAUCCUAAAUUAUGUCAUUCGAAAAAGACGGGUCGAGGUCCAUUAUUGGAAAAGAAUUGGAUACAAACUGUUGAACCCGUUAUGACUUGUUAUAAACUUGUUACUGUCGAAUUUAAAUGGUUUGGACUUCAAAAUAAAAUCGAAGCCUUAAUUCAAAAUAUUAUGCAAACCCUUUUCACUAGAUUCCAUAGACAAUUAUUUUGUUGGACUGACCGUUGGUAUGUAGAAAAUAAUAUUGAUACUUCCUCGAAAAGUUGUGAUUAA